AUGUCUGAAGAAGAGCGCGCGACGCAGCUGACGUCUUCUGAGGAACGCCCGUCGGAGGCCCAGGCCGCGAUGGAGCCAGAGAGAGUGACUCUGGAGCUGACCAAGCAGAAGCAGAGUCACCACGUGUUCCUGCCGGCCCAGUCGGGAGUGAACAAGUUUCGCUUCAUUAUCGACACCGGCAGCAGCCGAUCCAUCAUCCAGAGGCGCUUCGUGCCGGCCCGCCUUAUCCGGCCCACGUCCGUCACCGAGUACCGCUACGUGCACCACGAGGUCAAGAUCGUCGGAGAGGCUUCCGUGCCGCUGACCCUGGGGACCGGACGCGCGUCGCAGGAGGUCACCUUCAGGUUCCUCGUGACGUCCGAGACCUAUGGCGAUAUUCUGGCCAUGGACUUCCUCACGGACUUCCAGUGCGAGCUCGCCCUGGAUGCUGAGAUGAGGAUGUCCAUGCGUCGGCGCCCACAAGAGCCCAGGGACGAUUACCUGAAAGCUCACCUUGAGCUGGAGGUGUCGCAUGGCAAGAGCAGGGGCUUCCGCUCCCUGUUCCUGGUGGAUACCGGGGCUAGAAAUAACAUCUGUUUGAAGAAAGCGAAACGCCAUGGGAUGAAGAUUACUAAAACGGUUUCAACGAACGGCCAUCAGUCUUAUAAGGUCAUGGACAAGGUUGUCAUAUCUUCAGUCUCUACUCUGACCUUAUCUAAGACUAUAAGGUCAGUGUCCUUAUCUCUUGCUCUCUCUGCAGGAACAGUCGUAGAUAAGGAAUUAGAAGCACAAACUGAAAAAAUAUUGAAUGAGGAAACUGGCCCAGUUGAGGGAACCGGACCAGUUGAAGAAAGUGGUCCAGUUGUGGAAACCAGCCUAGUUGAGGAAAUCAGCCCUGUUGAGAAAAUUUGCCCAUUUGAGGAUACUGGUCCAACUGAGGAAAUCUACCCAGUUGAGGAAAUCGGCCCAGUUGAAGAGACCGGCCUGAUUGAAGAAAUCGGUCCAGUUGAGGACAUUGGCCUAGGUCAGGAAAUCAGCCCAUUUGCGAAAAUUAAUCCAGUGGUGGAAACCUACCCAGUUGAGGAAAUCGGCCCAGUUGAAGAGACCAGCCCAAUUGAAGAAACCGGUCCAGUUGAGGACGCUGGCCCAGUUGAGGAAAUCUACUCAGCUGAGGAAAAAAGCCUGGUUGAGGAGACCGGCCCAAUUGAAGAAACCAGUCUAAUUGAGGACAUUGGCCUAGUUCAGGAAAUCAGCCCAUUUGAGAAAUUCAGCCCAAUUGAGAACACCGGGCCAGGUGAGGAAAUCUACACAGUUAAGGAAAAAGGCCUGGUUGAGGAGACCAGCCCAAUUGAAGAAACUGGUCCAGUUGAGGACAUUUGCCCAGUUCAAGAAAUCAGUCCAUUUGAGAAAAUUAGUCCAAUAGUGGAAACUGACCCAGUUGAGGACACUGGUCCAGUUGAAGACUCCAGCUUAGUUGUGGGAACCAGCUCAGUUAAAGAAAUUAUCCCAUUUGAGAAAUUCAGCCCAGUUGAGAACACCGAGCCAGGUGAGGAAACUGGCCUAGUUGUGGAAACAGGUCCAGUUGAGGAAACUGGCUCAGUUGAGGAAACCAGCCCAUUAGAGAAAAUAUUCCCAGCUGAGGAAACUGGACCAGUUGAAGAAAUUGAACCAGUUGAGGAAACUGAACCAGUUGAGAAAUUCGGCCCACUUGAGGAAACCAGCCCAUUUGAGAAAAUAUUCCCAGUUGGCCUCGUUGUGGAAACAAGCCCAGUUAAGGAAAUCAGCCCAGUCGAGGAAGCCAGCCCAUUUGAGAAAAUAUUCCCAGUUAAGGAAACAGGCCCAGUUGAGGAAACCAGCCCAGUUGAGAAAAUUAGCCAAGUUGAGGAGACUGGCCCAGUUGAGAAAAUUGGCCUAACUGAAGAGUUAAAACAACAAAAUCCUGACUCUGUGUCAGUAAUGGAGAGGACUGUGUCAGCAUUGUCUCGUAUGGAACCUGAAGGACAAGCCGAGAGCAACCUGAAUCAGGAAACUACCGAAGCUACUGAGUUAAUGGAAGAAGACAGGAUUCCAGACUCUGUAUCAAUAAUGGAGAGGCCUGUGUCAACAUUUUCUCGGACUGUCAGUAUGGAACCAGUUGAGGAAGAGGACGAGGAUCAGGAAGGUGAAGGUGUAAGACAGGAGGAGAGUGAGGCUGCGUAUCACGACCAAGGUAAAACUGCGGAUGGAGGGGAUUCCAAGAGUCAGGUGCAAGUCGUAAUAACAGAAGAGAAAACUAUUCAAGGUCAGGGUGUUAGCAGGGUGGCCAGUGCAGCACCAAGGGCAGGUGAGGUUGAGGGGCGGACAGGUACCCAAGAGGACACUGAAGCUCAGGGUCGGGUUGAAACUGGCAGUACACUAGAAUACCGAGGCAAAUCGACAACUGUAACUGCAAUGGAAGAAAUUCCAGUUAACCGUGAUGGACCUUCCUUUGAUAACAGGCCAGCCACUUCAGGGAAGCGAUUAGGAACAUCAUUUGGUGAGCGGCCAAGGACUCGAGGUUCGGUCUUGGCAGGAGAAAGUCCACUUCCUAGGGGCAUGUCCAUGGGUGAUCGUCCAGCUUCUCGAUCUAUGGCAAUGGAGAGACCAGAUACCCGCCAAGCGUCGUCAUAUGGCGACCCGCGAAUGUCGAGAACAGGUAAUAGUUCUAAUUUUUUACCAUCAUCAAUGGUGAUCAAAAAUGCAUAUGCUGGGGAUGGGAACAGUAGACCCACAACAUCCGGUCGUCCCAUCACAGCUCGUCCAAUUAGUGCAGCACUACGAAAUGCACCUGGAACAGCAUCCAGACUCCUUUCUACUGCUAGUGUACAGCGCCCAGGAGCAAGGACUGGAGUAGCCACUGGUAUAGGGUUUAAUACACCAAUCAAUGUGGUGGACAGACCCAUCACCCAGCAAGGUCUUAGUGGCAUGAAGACAUCAUCACGUGGACCUCAGAGGCAGGUCCAAGACAAGAGCUACUUCAUGGGCCAGCUACGCACCAAGAUCACGGACUUGGGCACGGAGAUCACACAUCUCAGUACAGAGAUUGACAAGAUGAAGCAGGAACAAUCCACCUUCCUCACGUAUGACAAACGUGUCAAGGAAAUGGCCCAGGAACUCACAGAGCUUCAGGGAACGUUAGGAGAUUACAACCUGCUGGUGGACCUCUUAAACACGGACACUGAACAAAUUGAGAUUGAUGAGGAGAUCAAGGUCCUGAGGGAAACCAACAAGGAGGAAGCAGACAAACUUGACUCGCUUUUCUCACACAAGCAGGAUCUUGAGUCCAUGAUGAGGCAGCUGGAAGUCGAUAUUGAGGAGGAAAGGCACAUGGGUGAGAGUCUAUUGGAGGCGAUGCAGCCAAACCUACGACAAAAAUACUUUGAACUGCGCCAGACCAAUACCACCCUCCUUCAGCAGCUUGACCAAAUGCAGCUGGAGUUAGAUUCCCUUGAUAACAGGAAAGCUGGAUUAGAGGAUGAGUUGGCUCUAUCAAAGGUGAAACAAGAAGCUGUGGGCUUAUAUGAGAAGCUUCAGGACCUGGAGGAGAAAAAAGCUGAAAUUAUCAAUGAGAACCAAAAAAGAGGAACACCUAAAGAAGAGAGAGAGAGGCUCUUGCUUCAGGUGAAAGAAGACAAUGCAGAGAUAGCAACAAUGGAACGACAGAUUGGAGAGGUUCAGGAUCAAAUGCGCAGAGUCCAAGAAGAGCUUCAGCAGUUGGAUCAGGAUUUAGAAGAAAACCAGAGUGAGAGAAGCCAGAAAUACAGAGAACUUAGGAAACGUGAGGAAACAAUGGAACAGUUUUUGGCCACCUUUGAUAAGAAUAAGCAGGAUGAAAUACAGAGACUGGAAGCUCUGGAAAAGAGCAAUGUUGCAAUACUUGAAAAGCUCUCCCGCAAUCUGGCCCAUUUCAAUCACCUCCCAAGUACACGUGACUUUGACAUUAUGCAGACCGACUUAGCUUUCAAGGAGGGAGAGUUAGAGAAGUCGAAAUACACAGAGCAAGGACUGAAGCAGGAACACCUGAAUUUGCAAUCCAAUCUGCAAAAGAUUGAAGCACUGGAAGUAAAGAUACAAAAAGAGAUGGUAGAACUGAAGGAGAAAUUAGGUAGGAUGGAAAAGGAGAUGGUUGAGUUCUCUGACCUGGACGGCCUAAGAACGAGAGCUGAAGAGAAGCGAAGGAACUUAGCCGAUGAGAAAGAGCAGUUGGAUGAGAGGAAGGGUGCGGUGACUCAGAACCUCCACGAGAUUGAGAGUACGGUCAAAUCACUUAAGAAACAACUUAAUGAAAAUGAAACCCACACUCAGCUGACAACUCUUGAGAAGAAAUGGGCACAUUUGGAACAGUCAAACUUCACUCUCCAGGAAUAUGUAGCGCAGAGAAGAGCAGAGUCAAAUUUCCUGCCUCUUCAGAACCAGGCUAUGAAACUUGUCCAAGAAUAUAACAAAGUACUGCAGGAUGUAGUGCAGAAUGGCACCAUCAUGUGAAGAUUUUUCUGCAAAUGGUGUAAAAGAUGUAGAGAUUCUACAUGCAUAGGAGCAAGCAUUAUGUCACAAGUUAAAUCCAAUUUAAAACUGAGAAUGUCUUGUGUGAUUUUAACUACACUAUGCUGAUUAUAAAAUGUAUUACAAUGAAAAUAUCUAAUUGCCAUUUCUUGUAGCUUGUGGACUGCAUGAAAAACUAUAUAUUCAGAUGUCUCUUUCAUUGUAUGCUUAUUAUUACCAGAGUAUGGACACAUGUGAGUUUUCAGUGAACAUUUUUUGUUAUAAUCAUUGCACCUAAAUAGUUUAUAUUCAUAACAGUUGGUUUUCUCAUUUUGUGGAUAAUGGGAAUGCCAAAUGAUAAUGAAUUUGAUAAGAUUUAUCAAAUAUAUUUUUGUAAAGCAUUAUAACUAAAGAAACAAAGAAGGAAAUUGUCUCUUAACAAGAUAGAAUAUUAUCUAAUUUGUGAGUGAAUAUAGUCAAUGUAUAUACUUAUAUUUUGUCAUCAUUCAGUUUUAUAAGGUUUUGCAAUUAUCAUUGAUCACUUGUUUUUUUCAGACAUAUUUUUGCCAGUUCUAAACAAGAGAGAAAAAAUGUGAUAUAGGUAUAUGUCUGAUGACAUUAUAAAGUCGCUGCACAGUCUUCAGAUAAUAGUUCCUUCACUUCACACACACAAAGUGAAAUAUUGUAUUACAUUUGCCUUGUUACAGUGAUCACAAUUUAGCAUUGAUAUUUAUUGUUAAAGAUAUACUCAUUUCUCUGAAUUUGUGCUUCUACAUUAUGCAGUGAUGAUGAUAAGCAGUAAAUAGAUAUAAUAAAUAGUAUUUACCUUA